GGCGCAGAAGAGCAGGACCAGGAGCCAAUAAAAACAUUUCAAAUCAUUUCCGGUCGGGACUGUGGGGCGGGACUUGUGCCUUUCAUUGGCGGGCAUUUCCUGUUCUCUAAGCUUCCUUAUUAGAUGUUAAGCAUGUGAGGCGCGAAUAUCGAAUAUCGAGUAGAGUAGGCGACGAAGUUGCAGUCCUCACAGUAGCUGUGACACCCAGCAAAGCUGCUCGGGUGACCGGCCCUUGAGGCAGCCCAGGGACUCCCUUAUCAGGGGAAACCUUUUGCUCGCAGCUCUGGCCCUUCCCUGCCCACAGAGUCUCAAUGGCGGAGGGCGGGCUGAGGCGUGGAGUGGAGGAGGUUGUUGUGACCUUUGAGGAUGUGGCUGUGUAUCUGUCCAGGACAGAAUGGCGCCUCCUUAAUGAGGCUCAGAGACGCCUGUACCUGGAUGUGAUGCUGGAGAACUUUGCUCAUGUAUCCUCGCUGGGUUGCUGCUGUGAAGCAGAGGAUGUGGAGGCACCCACUGAACAGGAACUCUCUGAACAAGCAUCACAAGAAAAGUAUCCUAAGGCAGCCUUGUCUACCCAGAAGGGCCACCCCUGUGAGAGAUGUGAGCCGGUCUUAAGAGACAUUUUCCUCUUGGUUUAUCAGCAGGGAACUCAACACAGCACAACACUGCUGAGGUGUGGGGCGUGUGCAAAACCAUUUUAUUUCAAUGCAUGGAGCAACCAGCAUCAGGAACAGGACACAACACAGAAUUACCUCCUAAGCAGUGUGGGCAGUGUCUCAUUUGGAAAGAGCUGCAAUUCCCCUAUGUCAUGGAAGCCUUGUACAUCCAGGCAGGUUGGAAAAGACUUCACCAUGACCUCAGGACAUCUUGAGCAACAGGAUACUGACACCAUGCACAGGGCAAACAAAGUCUCUCAGUUUGGAAUAAUUUUGCACAGUGCAAAAUAUCAGUCUGUUCAAACAGAAAAUAAGAAAGCCAUGGCUUGUAAGGAUAUACUUUCUGAUGAUCAGAGGUUCCUUACUGGGAGACUGUGUUUUGUGUGUUUUGAAUGUGAGAAGUCGUUUACCAGAAUUUCUGCCCUCCGUAUUCAUCAGAGAGUUCACACUGGAGAAAAGCCUUAUAUGUGCAGCGAAUGUGGGAAAUCUUAUACCACUGGUUCUGCCCUUUACCACCAUCAGAGAGUUCACAGUGGAGUAAGGCCUUAUCAGUGCAAUGAGUGUGGGAGAUGUUUCAUCCAUAGAUAUGAUCUUCUUACUCAUCAGAGAGUUCACACUGGAGAAAAGCCUUAUACGUGCAGUGAUUGUGGAAAAUCAUUUAGGUGGAGCUCUGGUUUUCUGAAUCAUCAGAGAAUUCACUCUGGAGAAAGGCCUCAUGUUUGCAGCGAAUGUGGGAAAGCUUAUAUCACCACUUCUGAACUCAGACGACAUCAGAGAGUUCACACUGGAGAGAGGCCUUAUGAGUGCAGUGAAUGUGGGAAGUGUUGUACCACUAGAUCUGACCUCUAUAAACAUCACAGAGUUCACACUGGAGAAAGGCCUUAUGAGUGUGGUGAAUGUGGGAAAUUUUUUCGUAGCAGGUCCUAUGUUUUGGAGCAUCAGAGAGUUCAUACUGGAGAAAGGCCUUAUGAGUGCAGUGAAUGUGGGAAGUGUUGUACUACUAGGUCUGACCUCUAUAAACAUCACAGAGUUCACACUGGAGAAAGGCCUUAAGAGUGCAAGAAAUGUGGGGAAUCCUUUGCCAGGAGCUUUACCCUGUGUUGUCAUCAGAGAGUUCACCUUGGAGAAUAACCUUUUGACGGUAAAUUUAUGUGCAAAUACUUUCAUUAGUAGCUCCACCUUUUGUCAUUAUUGAGCUGUUUACACUGGAUAAAGGCCUUUUGAGUGCAGUGAAUGUGGGAAAUCCUUUAUUAUAAUCAGUCACCUACAUUGUCAUCAGAGUUGUCACUGGGAAAUGUCCUUAUAAAUGAAGUGAAUUUGGUUAAAUUUUUAAGUUUUUUUUUUUUUUUUUAAGGCAUGUGCCCUGACUGAGAAUACAGGACUGCACUCAAUCCACUGAGCUACCCCAGCCAGGACUGGUUAAUUUUUUUUUUUUAUGUCCAUAAUUUCAGUUGUUAUGACAGAGUUUACACUCCAGUGAUGCCUUUUGGUUGCUGAGAUUUUGUGUAAUAUCUUACCAGCAGUCAUGGCCUCUGAUCUCAUCAGAAAAUUCACAAUCACUCAGUUCUUACAGGAUUAUUUGGGAAAUCUUUUAGUUCUAGACAUGUUUUUUUCUUCUCUGAGGUCACAU